GAACGCUGGACCGCCUGCUCCCCCAGACUCCUACAGCCUGCAAAGCACUUCACGAACGCCGCGCUGUCGCCAGGCGGCGCCGGGAAUGAAGAGACAGUACGCGCCAUGACAUUGCUGUCGGUCCCGAGCGCCUGUCCUACGACGACCUCGCCGGUUCACACGCCCGGACAAAAUCAAGAGAAGGAACAUGGUACAUUUGCUGCAAAAUGGAGAGGUACUCUUUGUCACACCACAGCUAUCGCUGUGGUUGCCCUGUCCCCUCCUUCGACCUCUCGCAAAGAAUACUUCGCUACAACGUGGCUGGCUCUGGCAGGUCCAACACAACUUGAAGCCUCACCACCGGGCGCAAUCUGGACAUGUUGUCGACUCCGACAGUGCGAACUGCUUUGGUCCUCUUGCUCUUUGAUUCAGCUUGCUCCUACGUGCCCGCGCAGCACUCAACAACUAAUGAUGCAAGUCAUGUCCUCGCCGCCUGUCAAACAUUUGCCGCUUUGCAGUCUCUUCAGGUCCACCAUCCCAAUUUUUGUUGUCAACUUGGCCGACGUCACCCACAUCUUCCACGCUUGUGCACCCUCGCGCGAAAAUUCCCACUUGUCCCUCGUCAUCCUGUGCACGACCUCCGUACUCAACCGCUCCCUCUUCUGUCCACAAACCGAAUCUGGACUGACGCCGGCUUCACGUUCCAAGCGACCUUUUUGACGAGUAAACCAAUUACACAAAGAGGAACUUGAUCGGCCAAUCACUCAUCACGGCUACUGCUCCCCUGCAUAUCACUACCCUUCCUGUCGCUGAUCAGGGCCCGCCGAUCAAUACUUGAGUGAUCUGCUGUUGAUCGCAAAGACGCUUCUGUCAACAACUCAA